CUUGAGCUGCUCCAGCAGCAGCGAGCGAGAGUCAGAGGGACAGGAGCUGCCGUCCCCCGCGCACCGAUACGGACUUGUUCUGUGGACUCCUGCGUCGUUCUUACGAGAAAGUUUUCGUUUUCGGUUGCUUUUUUCCUUCUCUCUCUUAAUUUGGACAUUUUUUUUGUUAUCCUUUUUUUUCCACCUGUGGACAGAUUUCUCCUUUUGGUCCGGAGCAAUGGAGAAAAUGUCUCGACCUAUAAACUCAACUUUCCUACCUCCAACCCAUGGCGUGCUCAAAUCCCUGCUGGAAAACCCAAUGAAACUGCCCUUCCACCACGAUGAAGGUUUUGGCAAAGAGAAGGAGAAAGAGAAGAAGUUGGAGGAAGAUGGCGUGGGGGUCAACGCCCCCCAGUCUGCCUUCCUGGGGCCCACCCUGUGGGACAAGACCCUGCCGUAUGAUGGAGACAAUUUCCAGCUGGAAUACAUGGAUCUGGAAGAGUUCCUGUCAGAGAACGGCAUUCCCGCCAAUCCACAGAGUGAGCAGAGCCAAACUACUGCGCAGCCCCUGCAGCAGAGCCCCCCUCCUCCCCCCACGCCCUCUGUGGUCGACCUCAGUAACCGGGCAACCACCUCCGUACACCCGGGCAUGGUCACACAGACCUGCCUACAGAGUCCCAGCAGAGCAGUUCUCCCAUCUACCCGGAACACACCCAGUCCAAUUGACCCAGAGACGAUUCAGGUUCCAGUGAGCUAUGAGCCAGACCCAGCAGACCUUGCAUUGUCCAGUGUCCCAGGACAGGAAAUAUUUGACCCACGCAAACGCAAGUUCACAGCAGAGGAGCUCAAGCCUCAACCCAUGAUCAAAAAAGCACGCAAGGUCUUCAUCCCAGAUGACAUGAAGGAUGAUAAAUACUGGGCGCGGCGCAGAAAGAACAACGUUGCAGCGAAACGCUCACGGGACGCGCGGAGGCUGAAGGAGAAUCAGAUCGCCAUCCGGGCCGCUUUCCUGGAGAAGGAGAACACCGCCCUCAGACAGGAGGUGGCCGACCUACGCAAGGAACUGGGACGCUGCAAGAACAUUCUGGCCAAAUACGAGGCGCGGCACGGGGCGCUGUGAACCAACCCCUCACCCCCCAAAAAAGGUCCCGCAAAAACCCCAAAAGCCCAAACCAACCUGUUCCAAGGACUUCUGCGUGCCCAGUUUAAGGCACCAGCCCUCCACCUCUCUUUUUCUCUUUCUCUCUCUCUUUCUCUCUUUGAACCUUGUUUUAAUUCCCUCAUAUUGAUGUUUUAAUUCUUUUUAUUUUCCCCCACCGCUCUGUCUCGUUACCAGUGUGUGUGUGUGACAGGCUUAGGGGACGUAUCUCUCAGUCCUCUUUUUUUUUUUCCUCGUUCAUUCCUGCACUCGCUGAUUGUUUAUUUUAUUGGAAGUGAUGCUGUAUGGUUGCUUUUCCUUUUUUCUUAACCGUUUUAUACGUAUAGUAAGGACUGAGAACUGUUGUACCUUUGUCCCUGUUUAAAGUACCACCCUUAGUCCUGCCAUACCUGUCUCUCUCUCUUUCUUUCUCUCUGUCUUUUUUCCCCUUAAUGCUCAGAGCAGCAUUGUAUUGACUUUGGUUUAUAUUGUUUUUGUGUUGUAUUUUAGUUGGGUAGUGAAAUUUUAUUGUCAGAACUCAACUCUCUCUCUCUCUCUCUCUCUCUCUCUCUCUCUCUCUCUCUUUUCCUUUCUCUCUGUGCAGUAAACGUAAAUAACACUAGGCCCUCCUCUACUCACUGUUCAUUUCUCAUCUAUUUUGUUUGUAUCCGAUACCUAAUUUCAGUUAUCCUGAUCCAGACACCAGCGUUUUUUUUUAUACUUUAUUUUGUUUUUUUCUUUUUAAUACAUCGUCCAAUCACAGAGCAAUAACUCAUACUCAAGAGCAUGUUUUGGAGGAAGGAUGAGAAUGCUGACUUAUCCUCCUCCUGACGCAUCAUUUGUUUUCUGUCAUUUUCAUAGCAGAGUUGUUGGUGAGACAGGUAACUUUUUUUAAACGGUUGGUUCUUACGUGUGCAUGUGUUUGUGUGUGCGCGCGUGUGUAUACGUAUGUAGAGGGGGGACACAUUUUUCUCUACGACUGCUUUUGGGGGAGAGUCCACCCACACACGUUAAAACCUGGUUGCCAAAUUGUUGGGUGGAAUGUUUUUUUGUUAAACUGAGCAUUGUGGCGUCGAGGCCACAACAUGUCAGAAUCUCUCUCUCUUCUUCUCUCUCUAUGUCUCUCUAUCUCUCUGCUAACAACCUGCACUAAAGCGUCUUUCACAAUCUGAUCUGGUGCAAUGUCUCUACCUUCAUUACUAGAAUCUGCCUGAUCUAUUUAUGGAUAUAUUUUUGUUUUCUUUUUCUCCUUUUUUGAAUGGAAGAACUAUUUUGAAAAUAUUCAACCAUUAAUUGCUAUUAUUCUUAUUAGAGCUGUUGAUAUUAUCGUUGUCUGUAUUGUAAUUAUCCUAUUUUUUUUUCUUUUUCUUUCGAUGGAUUUCUCUGCAUGAUCUCUGCUUCAGAACAGCAACCUCAAGCUAAUUGUAAAUGUUUUAUUUUCCCACAAUGACCCUUUGUUGUCCUUCUUCUUUUCUAUGUUUUGGUCGUUUUUCUGGAGCUCAGUUUUAGGAGGGUUUUUUUUAACUCAUCACAUACAGAUCUAUGUAGUCUUUUUGUAGCUUUACCUUUAGCCCUCUUUCUCUCAGAUGGCUGUUUGAAUGUAUUGAAUGUAUAAGGUGUUUUUAAAAAGAGGCGCCAGUAUGAUGGUGUUGUCUAUAAUACUAUGGUUAACUCAAUCAGUUUGUUUACUACAGACCAAAACAUGCAGCACACACACACACACACACGUUAAAAAAGAUAUAUUGGUUAAACAGAGAUGUAAUGUUUAUAUGAAACUAUUCUAGAGUCUAGGUUCUUUUUGUACAGUAUUUUUCUUAUACUGGCUAUGUAUUUUCAAGGCACAACAGAUUCAGAAUAUUAUAAUAGAGAAUAAACAGAACAUAUAUAUAUAUAUAUAUGAGUCAAAGUCUAUAUAUAUAAUAUAUAUAUAUAUAUAAUCAGUAUAUCUAUUCUUCAAGGUCAAAUGAGAUAGCGUUUUGAUAAGUUAUCCUAUAUCUUCGUGAGUUCUGCAAAGAAUCAAAGCGAUCCAGGGGUUGUUUUAAACUUUCUCGGAGUAUGAGUGCUGACCUAAGGUUGGUCUUUUGCCAGUCAUGGACAGCACUUGAGCUCUAAGACCAGGGCCAGCGUGUAUUAAGCUUCUCAUGAGGUCAGAGUGCUUUUCUCUGAAGGGAGUUGCGUUCGUUUAGGAUGUGAGUGUCUAAACCUGAUGCUGGAAUAGCACUCUAUAAAACUAAAGGUGCCAGAAAGGGAUCUUUGGAGGCUCAGAAGAACCACUUUUGGUUGCCUAAAAAAAUGUUGCAGUUGAAUGACUUGGGGAUUUUCUGACCAAUAUUGUGACUAUGAUUUAAAUCGUGAUCAUUUUCUAUAAAUUAAGGUCCAGGCUUGUUGUUUUGGCCAAGAUGACCAGCAGUUUUCCUGCCUUGAGGCUUGAACACUGGGCAUAGUGUGUGUAGUUGUGAUUGUGCUGUCAUGUACACGUAUGAACUCAUGGGUGUUUGGUUGCUUUUGAUUGGUCUACAAGCAAUUCAUAAGCUUUUGUUAUUAGGUCAGAUUUCCCUAAUUUAAACUUAAUGUUAUUGACGUUACAGACUAUAUUUAAAAUGGCAGCUCUUGCGAUUUGAAAAUUGCACUUUUUAAAAUUGCAGUUUCUAUAUAAAAAUAAUUAAUCGAUCAACUUUAGAACCAACAAUUGAGAAGUUCUUUAGGGAAGCAAAAGUGGUUCUUCAAUGGCAGAGUUUCCCAAACUGGUCCUCAGGAUCCCCCAGAUGGACCACAUUUUUGCUCCAACUCAACUCUUAACACAUAGUUAUAAAAGAAAAAUGUGGGCCAUCUAGGGAUCCAAGCUGGGAACCACUGUUCUACAGCAUUGCUCCAUAAAAACCCUUUUGGCACCUUUACUUUUAAGACAUGUUCAUGUACCCUGAUUAAGCCUAAUCCUGUACUAAAAAGGAUUUUCUAUAAUAAAAGACCAUUGGCUUUGCUUUUUAGUCAAUGACUAGGCUUAGUUAGUCCAUGAACAAGAAAUUGGCAGUAUGUCUUGAGGUGCCUGAUACAGUGGUGGCCCGGAACUGUGACAUGUUGUUUGGGCAUUAAAGACUUACACUCCUCAUUCUCUUCCUCAUAUGGAAGUUAGCCUAUAGUUUUCUUUUUCCUCUUUGUGGAACUGCAGUGCAUAGGAUUUUCACAACCACCCAUAUCUCUCUCUCUUUCUCUCUCACACAACGAAACAUCUUCCCUUCUGCUGUCGAAUGAAAGAGGUGCUCGUUGCGGUAGAGUUAGACGUCUUUAGCUUUGGCCUUGCCUCAGUUUCUGGUUGCCAUAGGAAGCUAGAGGUAAAUGGACUUCUUCUGCCGGUCGUUGGAGAUAGGACGUCUGUCACUGAAUGUUGUGUCCAAUGUUGUCAAUGGAAUCGCUUUUUAUAGUAGUUGCUAUGAAGGAGGGCGGGGAGGUAGUUAAGUGAAUAGUUAAGCGAAAAAUCUUCCCAAAUCUAAUAAAUCAGCCAGAAUGUUUGGUAUGAUAAGUUUUCUAACUUAUGUUGCAUGGCUAAAAACAGUAAUUUCAUCAGGAAGUCUAACCACUCAACACAUUUUUAUGCAUGAAACUUGCACUGUGCUAAUUGGGGCAGUGUAAGCUUCUAUGACUUGUUAGCUUCAAUACGUCUGUGAAAAACUAAAGAGGCCAAGUUCAGAACUCCAAACAUGUCUCGGCUGAUUGAUUAAAUUGCGUAAAUUAGUCUGCACUAUAGUGAAUAAACAGGUAUUCCACUUUUUUUUAUUUAGAAGGAUGCACUGCCCCUCCCCUACUCAUCCCUCCAUCAUCACUGAUCUGAGACCAGUGUUUGAGUCAGUGGGAUUCAGGGGAGUUUGUGUUUAAGCAUCGACCCCAACAAGGCUAGCGUAGUCAGAGGGUCUAACUUUGUUAGUUCAGGCCAAAGUUAAGCUGUGCACAACCUUAGAUUUGUGAGGUUUUCUUUUCGUUUUGUCUAGAAUUGGUAGAAUAUGUUUAUUUUUUUAUUUCCUUCCCUUAUUGUCAUUGUCAUUUUCUGUAUUUUUUUUUGUUUGUGUAUGUCAGAAAUGGGUUGACUGAGCUAUAUGCAAAGGCUAGCGUGUGUGUGUGUGAGUGAGAGAGUUUAUGUGUGUAUGUAUGACGCCCUAGCUGUGUGCAAGCUAUCUGUGUACAGUCUGUAUGAAAUAAAAAUAAACCCAGGAUUAAGCCAAUACAA